UCUCAUAACUUACCGGAAACUUUUUAAGUGUGACUCUGACAGAGCAUUUUUUAAUUCUUCUCAUUGGACCAUCAUGGCUGGUAGAGGGAGACCACGCAAGGCAAAGAGUCCUGACAAUAAGUGUGCCAUGGGUAAAACGAAACAAACAUCUCUGCCUGGAUGUCCAGGAAAAGGCUUUACAGAGGAAAGGCAGAAUGGCACCAUAAAGGAACAGAAACCAAGGGAGCAAAAAAAGUCAAACCACACUGAGGAGAAGCCAUCUGUACAUAAAAUACUGAAAGAAAAGACCACGAAACAAUUCACAGAGGAGCAAAGGACACCUACAGAGUCUUUUGUACAAGGUGAAAAUGCCAAAACCUGUGCUGGCAGGUCUCAAACAACAAAACAGUCUGCAGAGAAGAUAAAGCCGCUGACAGAGACACUAAAGGACACCACAAAGCCCACCAAAGCAAAAACAAAUGGUGGAAAGACCAAAUCACAAGACACAUUUUUAGAGGAGAUGACAAAGAUGAGGCCAGAGACACCAAAGGAGACUCUAAAGGAGACUCUAAAGACCACCAAAGAGAAAACCUGUACCACCAAAGCAAAAACCUGUGAGAAAAAAAAGACCAAAUCACAAGAUGGAUUGUCAGAGGAGAUGACAAAGAUGAAGCCAGAGACACCAAAGGAGACUCUAAAGACCACCAAAGCAAAAAUGCUUGGUGGCAAGGCAAAAUCCCCAGCAGAAUUUACUGAGGAGACAACAAAGAUGCAGCCAAAGACACCAAAGGACACUGCAAAAGCUUUUGUACGAGACAAGUGUGAAGACAAAGCUGCAGUGGACUCUGUCCUCCACAAUACUCUGGAAAAAUUAAAGAUUAGGAAGAAUGACAGAUCAGAUGCAGCAGAAGUCAUCAAUAAAGUAAUAAAAAAUAUCACCAUGCAUUUGAAACAGAACAGUCAAUGCUUUCAAGAAGUAGAAGACCCACUACAUACCGGAAGUUACUAUGAAAAUCUAAAGAUUUCGAAUCCUGAUGAAUUUGAUGUCAUGCUGCCCAUUCCGGUUGACCGAGUAGACAUCAAACCAUUUGGAGCUGAUGGGGCCUUUUACAGUGUGGCAUUAAAACGUGGCAAGAGUCCCCUGCAAAAAUUUCAAGAGACGAUCACUUUAUCUGCCAGUACAAUGCUCGAGGAGUUCAGGAAAGAAGUGAUGACAAGUGUCAAGCAAUUCACAGAAUGGAAGGUGACGAAAAAGAAAAAAGGCUGCCCUGCAGUGACUCUGAUCACAACAGUAAAAUCAAUCAUCAUUUCACUGGAUGUUGUUCUCUGUAUCAUGGUUAAAUCCAGCUGGCCACCUUUGACCAAAGAAGGCCUUAAGAUAGAGGGCUGGCUGGGAACCAAAGUAAAGCAGGAUUACAAGCGAAAGGCAUAUUAUCUUGUCCCCAAAUAUUAUGGCAGCGGUCAAGCAGAAGAAGAUGGGGUCCUUGCUAAGGAUAUUUGGCGGGUUUCAUUCUCCCACAUUGAGAAAGCUAUAAUAAAGAAUCACGGAUCGGAGAAGACAUGCUGUGAAAAAGGCGGAACUCCCUGCUGCAGAAAGGACUGUUUGAAGCUCCUAAAGCACCUUCUCAGUCUGCUGAAGGAAGAGAAUUCUUCAUUUGACAAGUUCUACUCCUACCAUGCCAAAACCAUGCUCUUACAUGCCUGCUGCUCCAGAACUAAAGACACUGAUUGGAAAGCCUCAAGUCUGAGUCACUGUUUUAAGAUGCUCCUGCAGGACUUUGUAGGACAUUUGGAAGAAGGUGUACUCAACAACUUCUUCAUUCCAACUCAGAACCUGCUCUCCGAUCCUGGCCAGAAGAGGUGCAGAAGUCUGGCUCAACGUAUCAGAGAGGAAUUUGACAAGGGCUUUCCUAUUUUCAAGUGAUGACUUCACAACAAACAUCAAGUGUUGGGCUUGUUAUUAUUCUAGUCCCAUAGCGUGAAACAUCCCUGAGAAACUGGGCCACUGAACCCAAAGAAAACAUGAUCAAAAUGGCAUCAAUGUAACAAUUUUAUUCUUGUGUUUACCCAUUUCAUUAUCUAAACCUAUGUUUAUCAUAUUUAUUAUUUCUCAUGAAACUUAUUUGUAUAUACUUUG